CCCGGUGGCGCCACUGAGCACGCUCGUGUUUGGGGUGUUUUCAAUCUUAAAGCAUUUUCAGUGAUUUCCGUCAAUUGUGUACAAAACCAUUCCAUAGUCAAUUCUUGCCUUCCAUUUAGAUUGUAGUCCCCAUACUCAGUCUCUUAAUAAAUAAUUAAAUAUAUAUAUUUGGUAUAAAAUAGGUAGUUGUUACAAUAUCGAAAUGUGCAAGAUCUUAUGAAAGCCGGUAGCGUCAGAGGCGCCAAACGUUUUCCCGUGUCGUGUGUAAGUUACGUAACUGUUCCGGGCAAAAUCGAUAGCCGAGGCGUAUAAAUAGCGACCUAAAGUUGAAAACAGCUGGCCGGUCGCCAGCCAUGCAGUCUUCGCGAAUGCGGAAACCGCGCCGGCACCGUUGGCUAACGGUGUCGGUUUUCUUCAUCGCCUACUCGGUGUUCCAAGGCGUGCUGAGCAACGCGUCUGAACCGGCCGACCAAGCGGACAAAACGGCAGACGUUGUCAACCCGUCGUUAAGUCCUGAGAUCGCUAGAACUACUAAUGUAGAAGGCCCUAAAGUAUCUGAUGUAACACCAGCAGUAUCGGAUAUUGACGAAAAUGUUAAAGCUAACGGCAAAAAAGCUAUGAAAGGUUUUGAAGAUGAAGGUGAAAAGAAAAAACAGAAAGAUGCUGGAUACGAAGAAGAUAAGGGUAUAAUAGCGAUUCGCGAUGAAGAGGAAAGAGAAGAAGAAAUUGAUGCGAUACCAACUGUUCAUCCUCUCCGGAACUGUACACCACCAGCGAUUGAACAGUUUCCGAAGCCGCUAAUGGGUCAGACGGCUAGAAAACAUGGCGGUCUCAUCCUACACAUCCUGGUAGCGGUGUUCACCUUCAUAGGCCUGGCUAUUGUGUGCGAUGAAUAUUUCGUUUCAAGUCUUGACAGGAUCUGUGAAGAACUGAAGCUGGCUCCUGACGUUGCGGGCGCGACGUUCAUGGCGGCUGGCAGUUCUGCUCCUGAACUGGCAACCGUCGUUAUCGGUGUCUUCUGCGCACAAGACGAUAUCGGUGUGUCCGGCGUGAUCGGGUCGGCGGUGUUCAACAUAAUGUUCGUGAUCUCGGUGUGCGCGCUGUGCGCCGGCACGGUGUCGCACCUCAACUGGUGGCCGCUCUGCCGCGACUGCUUCUUCUACGCGAUCUCCAUCCUCGUCAUGCUCUGCACCAUCGCCAACGGCUAUGUUUCUUGGCCUGAAGCCUUAUUCAUGUUGAUAAUGUACGGCGUCUACUGCUUGGCACUGAGGUUUAACAACGCUUUGGAGAGAUGGGCCUUAACAAUUCCACUGCCCUUCAAGUUACCUUCGAGAGAGGAACAAGCGGCGCUGGUCACUUACAAUGUGGGCGGGCAGGCGGCGGGCGCCCCGGCGGCGGAGGGGCAGUACGCGCAGAUGGAGGGACAGAACAAAGACGUGCCUCAGGAACCCACCGCGUACAACCCGGACGGCGCGUACGACAACGCGGCGUACAACGCAGAUCCCGCAGCCAUGUGGGACCCCAACCAGACAUGGGACCCCGACCGCGCUUGGAAUGAAUCUUCUAUGGUACUUAUAUUGCAUCUACUGUUACUGUACCAGCAGCAGCCCGCCCCCGCCCCCGCGCCGGUGUCGCAGUCGUGGGGCGACUCCAUGCAGCGGUCGUCGACCUCCGUGACGUCACCCGACCCGCCGGCCGCCGCGCCGCAGCCACAGCCGCAGCCGCAGCCGCAGGUACCCGCACAACCAGCUUACUAUAAAGCCAAGGAAUACAAUCCUGAAACGGCCGUCGAUCCCCUCGUGAAGCCCAUUGGAGCGAACCACCUUCAACUCGCCUGCUGGUACGUAGCGUACCCGAUCCACUGGUCCUGCCGCCACACGAUGCCGGACUGCCGCGGCCGCUGGUACCCCAUCACCUUCAUCAUCUCUAUGCUCUGGAUCUCCUUCUACUCCUACUUCAUGGUCUGGAUGAUUACUAUUAUUGGCUACACGCUGGGAAUCCCCGACACGGUGAUGGGUCUGACGUUCGUGGCGGCCGGUGUGUCCGUGCCCGACGCUCUGUCCUCGCUUGCCGUCAUCAAGGAGGGCUACGGAGACAUGGCAGUGUCUAAUGCGGUGGGCUCUAACGUCUUCGAUAUCCUGGUUUGCCUCGGCCUGCCGUGGUUCAUCCAGACUGCCAUCAUCCACCCCGGCAGCCACGUCAACGUUAUCAGCAAAGGCUUGAUCUACUCGACGCUGUCCCUAUUCUCGACGGUGGUAUUCCUGGUGGUGGCGACGCACGCGAACGGCUGGAAGCUGGACCGCAAGUUCGGCGCCGUGCUGAUGGUGUGGUACCUGCUCUUCAUAACCCUCGCCAGCCUCUACGAGCUCAACGUGUUCGGGAACAUCCACCCGCCGGACUGCGAGUCUACUUAUUAAACACGCGUAAUAUUCCGCUAUUUAUGUUUCUUAUAUUUAUGCCUUACGGGUCUAAUAUACUUCUAAAUCUGGUUUCUAUAUCAAAUCUAUCCCUAUUGCGGAGAAUGAGGCCUACGUCCAACAGUGGGAUUUAACAGGCUGAAUUGUGAUCUAUAUCCAAUCACGU